AGGUUUGAGUUUUGGAUGCUUCACUGUAAAUACAUACUAGUGAAAUGGCUCUUCUUCGAAGAAGCCUCUCUGACAGCCUGCUGCUUGAAGAUGACUAUGUCUCUGUAGAGGGUUUGGAAUACACGGACGUGCACUUUCAUGAAGAUUAUGAAAUUGUGGGUGCCAGUGGUCUGUUUGAUCUAAAGAGGAAUGAACAAAAGAAGAAUGAAGCUGUGGACAUUUUGAAGUUAAUUGAUAAUGACAAGGAGUUAAUGAAGCAUGGUUUGAAAUCCAGCAAGAGCUUGGAAAGUCUGGAUACCAAAGCUCCUAAUGAGGUGUGGAAAGAUUCAUACGACAAGCUCUACAAUGCUAAAGUCAAGAAAUUCAUGAAAGGAAAUAAAGCUGUUAAGGAAAACAGACAUGGCAGACACAAUGGGCCAGUGACAACCCAAACACUUGACCGCAAAAGCAAAGUAAAUGUUGCAGCUUUACUUGAGAAUGCAGAUCAGAUGCGUCUCACUCCAUAUGAAACAGAACCUGACAAUCAAGUAGGACCAUACAUGGAAUAUCAUCAAUAUGACUCAGAUACGUUACUACAAGGAUCUGACCUGGUGAGAUCAGCAAAGAUAAAACCCAAUAUUGCAAGUGAUGUUCCAUCGCAUCAUUCCACAAUGAACUUGACCAAUGUUGAUAGUGAAAUCAACCUACGCGGUGGAACAUAUACAGAUCCAAAAGUAGAUAUUGGUAUUAAUAUACCAGAUUCAAGUCUUACAUUGCCAGAUACCCAAAGAUCUCCGGUGAUGCACCUCACAAAAGGACAUUUUAAAGGCCCAAAAGCAGUGCUUAAUUCUUCUGAUAUGGAUAUGGAAGUACCAUCAGUUAAUGUCAAGAAGCCAAAAUUUAAAAUGCCAAAGUUUAGCCUAUCUGGAAACAAGAAUACUGACAUCAGUUAUGAUGGAAGUAUGAAGGGGUCAAAAUUUGCAUUGUCAUCCCCUGAAGUAGCUCCAGGUCUUAAGGGUUCUAAUAUACAAAUUGAUGGACCAAAGGCUGAUUUUAAAGGUCUAAAAACAGACCUUCCAGACAUGGACAUGUCAUCUGGAAAACUGAAAGCACCCACUUUCAGCUUCCCUGAUUUUGGCCUGUCAGGACCCAAAAUAAAAACACCUGACUAUGAUCUAAAGACCCCUAAAAUGAAUCUGUCUGCUCCCAAAUUUAAGGCAGAUUUUGAUUCACCAGACAUCAACAUCAGAGGUCAUAAGCCAGAUAUCACCGCACCUGACAUGGAUGUGAAUAUUCCUGAAGGUACAUUUAAAGGACCAAAUUUCAAGAAACCCAAUCUUGACUUGAAUGCACCUGACCUCGACAUAAAUGUUCCUUCUGGUAACCUGAAGCUGCCAAAAUUUGGUUUCUCUGGUAGCAAGCCAGAAGGACCUGAUCUUAAAAUCAAAUCUCCAGACCUGAAUCUCAAAAGCCCCAAAAUAAAGGGAGGAAUCGAUACCCCAGAUAUGGAUCUGACUCUGCCUCAAACUGAUUUGAAAGGCCCAAAUCUAGAUUUCAGAACACCUGAUAUUGAUGUUAAUAGCCCUUCAGGGAAAUUUAAUAUGCCAAAGUUAAAGAUGCCCAGUUUUGGCCUGUCAGGUUUGAAAGGUCCACAUAUGAACAUGGAUGCUGACAUUGAUAAGCCUGACGUUAAUCUAAGUGCAUCAACUCCCAGGCUAAAUGCAGGGAUAAAUAGUCCUGACAUUGACAUUCACAGACCUAAUGUUGAUCUCAAAGGACCAAAAACAGAUCUUACACUCCCUGACAUGGACAUACCAUCUGGAAAAAUGAAAGUUCCAACUUUCAAGAUGCCUGAUUUUGGUCUCUCUGGAACCAAAAUAAAGACUCCUGACUGUGAUCUGAAAAACCCUGAAAUGGAUCUGUCAGCUCCAAAGUUUAAGGCAGACUUUGAUUCACCAGACAUUAACAUCAGAGGUCAUAAGCCAGAUAUCAAAACCCCAGACUUGAAUGUUGAUUUCCCUAAAGGUCAAAUUAAAGGACCAAAUUUCAAGAAACCUAAUCUUGAUGUGAACGCACCUGAUCUCGACAUAAAUGCCCCUUCAGGUAAACUAAAGCUGCCAAAGUUUGGCAUCUCCGGUAGUAAGCAAAAAGGGCCCGAUCUUAAAAUCAAAUCUCCAGACCUGAAUCUCAAAAGCCCCAAAAUAAAGGGAGGAAUUGAUACCCCAGAUAUGGAUCUGACUUUCCCUCAAACUGAUUUAAAAGGCCCAAACCUAGAUAUCAAAUCCCCUGAUAUUGAUGUCAGUGGCCCUUCAGGGAAAUUGAAUAUGCCAAAGCUAAAGAUGCCCAGUUUUGGCCUGUCAGGUUUGAAAGGGCCACAUAUGAACAUGGAUGCAGACAUUGAUCAGUCUGACCUUAAUCUAAGUGCAUCAACUCCCAAACUAAAUGCAGGAAUAAAUAGUCCUGAUAUUGACAUUCAUGGACCUAAUGUUGAUCUCAAGGGUCCAAAAACAGACCUUACUCUUCCAGACAUUGACAGGCCUUCUGGAAAAAUGAAAAUGCCCAAUUUCAAGAUGCCUGAUUUUGGUCUCUCAGCACCAAAAAUAAAGACACCUGAUUAUGAUCUGAAGACUCCUGAAUUGGAUCUGUCAGCUCCAAAGUUUAAGGCAAACUUUGAUUCCCCAGACAUAAACAUCAGAGGUCAUAAUCCAGAUCUCACAGCACCUGACAUGAAUGUUGAUUUCCCAAAAGGUAAAAUUAAAGGACCAAAUUUCAAGAAACCAAAUCUUGAUAUGAAUGGACUUGGCCUUGACAUCAAUGCUCCUUCAAAUAAACUGAAGCUGCCAAAAUUUGGCUUUUCUGGUAGUAAGCCAAAAGGGCCUGAUCUUAAAAUCAAAUCUCCAGACCUGAAUCUCAAAAGCCCCAAAAUUAAGGGAGGAAUUGAUACCCCAGACAUGGAUCUGACUCUGCCUAAAACUGAUUUAAGAGGCCCUAACUUUGAUAUCAAAUCACCAGAUAUUGAUGUCAAUGGCCCUUCAGGCAAAUUGAAUAUGCCAAAGUUUAAGAUGCCCAGUUUUGGCAUGUCAGGUUUGAAAGGGCCACAUAUGAAUGUGGAUGCUGACAUUGAUCAGCCCGACUUUAAUCUGAGUGCAUCAACUCCUAAACUAAAUGCAGGGAUAAAUAGUCCUGAUAUUGAUUUGCAUGGACCUAAUGUUGAUCUUAAAGGACCAAGAACAGACCUUACUCUUCCAGACAUGGACAUACCAUCUGGUAAAAUGAAAAUGCCUGCUUUUAAAAUGCCUGACAUUGGUUUCUCAGGACCCAAAAUAAAGAAACCUGACUAUGAUCUAAAGACACCUAAAAUGGACCACUCAGCUCCUAAAAUUCAUAAGACAGAUAUCACAGCCCCAGACAUGAAUGUUGAUUUCCCUAAAGGCAAAAUAAACAGACCAAAUUACAAGAAACCCAGUGUUGAUGUGAACGAAACAGACUUUGACAUUGAUGCUCCUUCGGGGAAACUGAAGCUCCAAGGAAACAUGCCAGAAGGAAGAGAUCUUAAAUUCACCUCUCCAAAGAUGAAUCUCAAAACCCCCCGAAUCAAAGGAGGAAUUGAUAGCUCUGAUUUUCAAGGCCUGGGAUCUGAUGUAGAUUUUGGUACCUAUACAGAAAUGCAUGCUAACAGCUUUGCAGUUCCAAGAGGUAAAACAGAGGCAGCCAAAACGUAUGAUCUUGAUGAUCUCUCAAGAGACAUCAGAAUACCGACUCAUCAGAAAUAUGGUGCCCCAGAAUUGAACAUGCAGGACCCCUAUUAUGACUUGAACAGAGACAUGAACGUUUCUGAAAAAGCUCAGUGGUCUCCAAUACCAGAACAUCUCUCCAGCCAAUCUAGAAUCUCUGGAGUAGGUCCAACAUCAUCAGGUGUUUACAACACUUAUAAUGGGAUGCCUAGAAGAGGUGGAUGGGGAAGUGAGCAAACUGGCUAUAGUGGCAGACAGACAAUGAGACAUAUGCAAAUACAUGCAAUGGAUCUGGAGGUUCCAGAAAGCACUUUGAAAGGGUCGAAAUUUAAUGUUCUUAAACUAAUAUAGUAGGAUAAUUUAAAGGAAGGGACGUGGAAGAAAAGAGCGAGCUUGUCCUUGGCAAUCAUGUUUACAGGGCUGAUAAGAACUAAUAGCAUAUUAAAAACUAACUUAAAGAUACUGUAAAUGAGCUUGAGCAAACUUUUUUCUACAUUACUUCUUAACACUGAUGAACAAACCUUUCCAUAAAGGAGAUGUUAAACUUGCACUUACAGUAUCAUAGAUCAUUAUGCUCAUAUAAAUAAUACAAUCUUUUUUUCACAUAACUUUAUAAUAAAAUAUGUGACAAUAUUAUGUGGAUCUUGCCUGAUUAAAUAUUGUAAAUCAUAUAUAUUUUGUAAAUUAUGUAAAAGGCUACAGUAAUGUAUAAAUGCAAUGUGGAUGAGAUAUACACGUGUAAAAUGUUUUGUCUGGAGAAUGCCUCUGGUUUCUUGUCAUUUUUUUGUUUGUUUGUUUUUAAGUUACUAAUCUGAUAUAGUUAGGUACACAGGGCUAGGGGGAUUUGUUUUGAAGGAUGUAUAUAAAUCAUUUUAAAAUGUUCCUACUGACAUUGUUGUUUCAACAUAUACAAAAGCAGUUGUUGUUGUAGAAUACUUCAAAUGUUUUGUAAUUGAAAUAUUUUAAAGUAGUUAUUUUGAAAAAAAGUAUUUACUUGAAUGUUACUUUAAAAAUAUCUUGCUAUUUACAGAGUAUUUGCACAUUAUAACAAAAUCUGCAUAUACAGUCAUAUGAAAAAUUUAGGACACCCUAUUGAAUUCCAUGGUUUUCUGUAUCAGGACAUAAUAAAAAAUUA